AUGUCCUCGCGCUCCGUCGCGCCCUCGCUGCGCCGCGCCGCCCACCGCACGCGCAUCCCCCUCCUCCGGACCUCGUUCCACUCGCACCAGCAUCCCGCGUCCGCGUCCGCGUCCGCAUCCCCCCCGUCCCCCGGACCCGCCGAGCUCGCCAUCCUUCGCGCGGCCUACCGCCACGUGCCGCAGCAUGGCUUCUCCCGCCGCGCCCUAAACCUCGGCGCCCGCGACGCCGGCUAUCUCGACAUCAGCCCCAGCGUCCUCCCGGACGGCGCCUUCAGCCUCGUCCGCUUCCACCUCGAGACCCAGCGGCUCGCGCUCGCGCACACCAGCCGCGCCUUGUCCGGCAACCAGCCCGGCAGCGCGCUGCGAAGCAAGGUCGCCGCCAUCACGUGGGCGAGGUUGAUCGCCAACCGGGAUAUACUACACGAAUGGCAAGACGCGCUUGCCAUGAUGGCCCAGCCGGGCCACCUGUCCGAUUCGUUGCGGGAGCUCGCGCUGCUGUCCGACGAGAUACUCUACCUCGCGGGAGAUGAAUCCGUCGACUCGUCGUGGUAUUCUAAACGGGCGUCGUUGUCAAUGAUUUACAGCGCCAGCGAGCUGUACAUGACCACCGACCGGUCGCCCGGCUUUGCCAACACAAACAGAUUCCUGACGAGCAGGUUGGAGGAAGCAAAUCUUGUCGGGGGGCUGAUUGGGGACUUGACAACCUGGACAAGCUUUACAGCAAACGCUGCAGUCAACGUGCUCAGAAGCAGAGGACUGCCUAUAUAA